ACCGGGACAAGUUGACAGCAACAAGCCGCCGUUCAUUCAUUUUUACCCCGCGGACAUGCUCCAUGGAGGCGCCGGCACCCCGCCUGCGCUCCGGACCCGGAGUUGGCUCACUCUCCCUCGGCCUCGCCGCUGAACUUUUUACGGCAACGACACGAUGGACCAGCUGCGGACGGACACCGGCGCUCCGGUACGGCAUGCAAAUACGUACUCUGACGUCGGCGAUCAUGUGGCUUUUGGCGUAGAUCCUCCUUGUGAUCGCCGAUGUUUCUCUUUCCUGUCGCCUGUUGUCUGCUCGGCUGCCGGACCGCCGCGGGAGCGGCUUUAAGAGACGGCGCCGCCUGAUUUCGCGUUCACGAGUCGUCGCUUCGGGAUCGCAUCGGGCCACCUGAGCAUCGCGCCGAGACGCCGGGCAGCAGGUAGCAUCCUGUCAUGACGUUCCAGGAGGUCAGCCAGCAUCGGAGCUGACAGCCCGGCAAAUACUGCACCAGACCCGUCUCCACCCUCUACCGCCCCCUCAGCUUCCUCCUGGGGAACACGGUUCUUUAGACUGAUCCCAGAGACUCUCCUGAUAUAUAGAAGAGAGCCCAGGCCUGUGCCUCGGUCCGGGCCUCCUGGCCUUUCUCCGGUACCUGAAGCCCAUCAGCCACGACCACCCCGUGACGGCAGUCCUGCGUCCCGCACCCCGGCCCUCGUGGUACCACCUCCGGCCGAGCGCGGGCACCAGGUGACGGCAGCCGUCCAGCCAGACUCGUCAUGUCCAGCCGACGGAAGGCCUCCACUCCCCUGAUGAUCCGGCCAGAGCGGACCAUGGUGGAGCUGGACGAUGACACGGAGGAGGACAUGGAGACAAAAACGGAGAACCAUCCCGAGGAGGCGCCGAUGGAAGCGGAUCCCUCAACGGAGACCGACUUGGACCUGACGGCCAAGGCCCCGGACCCUCCCCCCCCGGGUCCAGGCGAGCCAGCAGCGGAGCCGCCGGACCUUUCCAAGCCUCCGCGGAGACAGCAGGGCGGCUACGAGUGCAAGUACUGCCCCUUCUCCACGCAGAACCUCAACACCUUCAAAGAGCACGUCGACGCCAACCACCCCAACGUCAUCCUCAACCCGCUGUACCUGUGCGCCGUCUGCAACUUCAACACCAAGAAGUUCGACACGCUGACGGAGCACAACGAGCGCUGUCACCCCGGGGAGAGCAACUUCAAGUUCAAGCGCAUCAAAAUGAACAAUCAGACCAUCCUGGAGCAGACGAUCGAGGGCUUCAGCGGCAACGCGGUGGUCUACAACGCGGCCGGCGGCGCCAAAGGGGACGAACUCGGCAAACCCACCGCCGUCAAGAUCGCUAAACCGAAACCGACGUCGUCGGAUAAUAAACGGACAGAUUUGGCCAAGAAGGCGUUCGCGGCGGUCAACGUGAACGGGAUGGUCAUCUUCCCCGAGUCGACGCUCCUCAAAGCAGAAGGCCUCUCUCACAUCAUGCCUUCCCUACAGCGGCCUCUGAACUACACUCAGGUGCCGAAGAUCGCGGUGCCCCUGAACACAACCAAAUACAACCCCACGCUGGACGACAACCUGACGCUCAUCUCGUCCUUCAACAAGUUCCCCUACCCGACGCAGGCGGAGCUCUCCUGGCUCACCGCCGCCUCCAAGCACCCAGAGGAGCAGAUCAAAGUCUGGUUCACCACCCAGAGGCUCAAACAGGGCAUCAGCUGGUCACCGGAGGAGGUGGAAGAAGCGAGGAAGAAGAUGUUCAACGGCACCAUCUCCUCGGCGCCGCAGACCUUCGCCGUGGUCGCCCCGCAGUCGUACGGCGCCUCCCUCCUGCAGUCGCUCCCCUGCCAGCUGCUGGGCGCCACCAGCCUGGUGCUGACGCCCGUCGCCAACGGCUCCAACGUCACCUGCACGCCGCUGGCGCUCACCGUGGCCACCCAGGUGGCGCAGUCGCUCAAGCGCCCCCUGGCCUCGCCGAUGAUCUUCACGGAGAGUAAACGGCCGUCCAUCAUUCAAACCAUUUUGGCGCCCGUGGCCGCCUCCAAGCCGGCGGCGCCCAAAGUGCUGAGUUUCACGGUGGACGCCAACAAAACCACGGAGCAGUUAUCGGUGCUGAGGUGCAGCUACACGCAGUGUCCGUUCCCCGAGGAAGACGAGAUCUACCGGCUGAUCGAGACCACCGGGCUGUCCCGAGGAGAGAUCAAGAAGUGGUUCAGUGAGCAGCGGCUCCUCAACCUGAAAGGUGUUCCUCCUCCCCCGGUGCUGGUGAAAGCCGAGGUGACGCCAGCACCCAAGGGUGCCCUGAUAAAGAAGGCGGUGCCCCACCAGUUCCCCCUGCUGGAGAGGGUGAAGGGGAAGUCGUCGGAGCAGCUGAAGGCGCUGGAGGAGAGCUUCCAGAGAAGCGGCGCUCCGACGGAGGCGGAGCUAGACCGGCUGGCCCAGGAGGCGCGGCUGUCCCUCACCGAGGUGGACUGCUGGUUCUCCGAGCGGCGGGCGCUGAGGGACAACAUGGAGAAGGCUCUCCUCGCCAUGUCGUCCAAGCCCGCGGAGGAGCGGCCCGGAGCGCUGCCGAACGGCACCGCCCACCGAGAGCCGGGCGGGAAACCGCCGCGCUCCUCCCCUCAUCCGCCCGUCCUCUCCUCUUCCUCCUCCUCCCCUCCUGUGCUCGCGGCCUCCUCCCCUCACCCGCCGACCCUCUCCUCCUCGGCAUCCCCUCCCGUCCUCGACUCCUCCGCCUCCUCUUCUCCCCGCCCUCCCGUCCUGUCGGCCUCCGCCAGCCCCAAACCGCAAACUGCCAUCAGCGGCCGCUGCCUGGGCCUCCUCCGAGAGACGUUCUGCCGGACUCGCUGGCCGUCCCCCGAGGAGUACGGCCAGCUGGAGGUCCAGACGGGCCUCGGGCGCACCGACAUCGUCCGCUGGUUCAAGGAGCACCGCGCGGCGCUGAAGAACGGCGGCGCUCCGGACUGGAUGGAAGCGAUCCAGAAGCCGAACCCGGCGGAGCGGCGGCAGCGAGCGGGCCGCGAGCAGAACGGCCAGAGUUCUGGGAAGAAGCCGAGUGUUCCCGCGGAGGCGAAGGCCGUGAAAGCGGAGGCCGGCGAGGACGGCGCCGCCGCCCCGGGGCGCUCCAAGCCGUCGGACCAGGACAAAGUCCAGUGGGUCAGCGGCCGGUUGGCCCACAGCGUGACGGACCUGAGCCGGGCCGGACCGGACCAGACCGGCGCCGGCAAGGCGGACAAAGCGAGGUGGGUGCAGGUGACCGUGGCGGAGGGCGAAGCCGCCAUGGAGCGGCCGAGGCUGGCGGCGGACGGGGAGGUUCCCGCCAUGGAGCAGCCCGGCCGGCUCACCGGCUGACGGUGGAGUAAACGUUGAUCUCUAAGUCGCAGACCGUCACGCGCCGACUCGAGACGCCCGAAUGUGGAGGCGGCCGCCUGUGAUGUCAUCACAAAGCGCCGGGGCCUCUGGUCCCACCCUGUGGUGCAGAGGAGUGCCAAAGCUGGACUUGAUGCAUUGUUCUUACUACUACUACAUUUUUUUAAUUAUUAUUAAACAAGCACCCUUGUAAAUAUUUUUCUGUAUUACAAAAAAAAAAUUGUAUAGUUUUACUGAAAGGGCACGUUUUGUAAAAAAGAAGAAACAAUAAUUCACGUCCGAUGCCCCAAAAACCUGGAAUGUUUUUUUCUGUUUUAAGAUCAAAGUGUACGUCUGAGAAGUCGUCCUAUUCGUUGAGUCGCACCCGGUCACGACUCCACGAGGAGCCGCCUGACAGAGAUGUGAACAUGAGGGCCUCCUGCAGCCAGACCGCCAGCCUCAAGGGCUCUCGGGUUCCGGGCAAUCGGCGCGCACACACACACACACACGCCCCCCCCCACACACGCCCCCCCACACACACACACGCCCCCCCCCCCACACACACACACACACUCAGAACCGAUCGACCGCGUGGAGAAGUCGGUUGGACCGCACCACGCUGCCUUUUCUGACGCGUCGCCGUCGGUCUCAGAACUGGUGACCGUGACUUGGCUUCGUCUCUUCUUCUUCUUCUUCGUUUGGAAAAAAAAAAUUAAAUACUAUUUUACAGGAACCGGCCAAGAACAUUUCUUUGGAGGCUGUUUCACGCAUGAUAACAGAACUGUACCCCCUCCCCCCCUCUGGUCCUUCUGGCUCCAGGAAGGUUUCUUCUUUUUGUUUGAAGCUGGAUUGGAUUCAGUUGAUUUCCAACACCUGAAAUGUCGGUUUAUGAAUCUUCUUCUCUCCCCCGAGAGGAAAAUGAAGUCGUGCGUGGAUUUAUCUGCGUUAAGAUGAAUUUGUAAUAUCGCCAACAGCCAAAAAAAGCUGUCAUGAACUUCUUUUGCAUGCGCUUCAACAGUUUUAAUUAACAGCCUCAUCCUCAGAUGCUUCUUAACUGUGUGUGAGAUUCGGGUUGCAAGCGCUUGCAAUAUUUGUGCCUGCGAGGAAAAAAAGGCAAAUGAAUCCACCUUCGAUUCGAGCAGCAGGUGAACGUCCGGCGGUCUGAAUGUCUGCUGCUGCUUUAAGUGUGUGUGGGGGGGGGGCUUGCAUUUUUUUCAUUUUCUACCUUAAGUCUGCUGUAACUCAAUAAAUACACAACCAACUAUA